UUGCUGGCGCCAUAAAAUUUUUGUUUUGCAUCGAGGGUCGAUUGGCAAAUAUGCCGUUGUUUAGCAAGAAAACCUUUGAAGACUAUAUUGUUGACUUGAAACUCAAUGGGAAACAACUUGAAAGACAGGCAAAGCGUUGUGAAAGACAACAGAAACAAGAACAACUUAAGCUUAAGAAAGCCAUAGAACAACACAACUCUGAAGGUGCUCGAAUAUUUGCCCAAAACGCCAUAAGAAAAAAGAACGAAAGAAUUAACUUUUUAAAAUUGGCUGCAAGGCUGGACGCUGUCGCUGGAAAGUUACAGUCAGCUAAUACUGUUCAAACUAUAAGCAGAGACUUUGGUUAUCUUGUGAAGGCAAUUGACAGUGCCAUGUCGAGUAUGGAUCUUGUAAAAGUGAGUCAAGUGAUGAGCAAAUUUGAAUAUCAGUUCGAAGAUUUAGACGUACGAGGGGAAGUUUUGGACUCUUCCAUGGCUUCUACAGUGGCAACAGCUGCACCAGAGGACCAAGUGCAAGCUCUCAUUCAACAAACAGCAGAUGAGUACAAUCUUGAGUUGGAUGAUGCCAUGACUGGAGUCCCUGUUCGUAAUAGAACCGCAACAUCAACCAAGUCAGAAGAAAAUAGCCUCGAAUAUCGAUUCAACAACUUGAAAGCGCCCUAAGUCAAAGUCUUGAAUUUCCUGAUAAGAUAUUUUGG